UCCGCCCUCCGGGGGUAGAGACUUCUCCGCGCACCGAGCAAUUUUUUACCUCCGAGCACCGCCGUUAAAUCUAAAUUAGGUGUUACUGCAAGCGCUCAAAAGGCCAAUUCGGCAUCACUUAAGAGCAAGAUUCAGACCUCUUCGUUAUUGCAGUUUUUUUGGAUUAUGGGGACGUCACUGUGUGCCAACUGCAGACGCUUGCCAAGAUUAAACCAUCAUCCGAGGUAGAAGAAAGGAUCACGAUUUAGGAAAAAAAAAAUACGUGCAUGAAUGCGAUUUAAUUUAAUUUACUGAUGCACGUAUUUCUGUGACUAAUCUCGUAUUUGGACGCUUUUGGGGGGAUUGGAGUGCGCAGUGAGCAGCAGAAGGGCUGUUUACAGCCCAGAGUUAUUGGCAUACUCUGCAAUCAUCAUCAUCAUCAUCAUCAUCACCAUCUGAUUGGUAACAUUCAUUCUAAUAUAACUGGCAAAAGCAGCUGUUACAGCUUCCUGCUGCUUUUAAAGCUAAGGUGUGUGAGAAACGAUGAACCCGUCUGCUGCUGUGUAACGAGAUAAUUCCCAGAUAUAGGGGGGCAGUUUGGAGACUCAUGCGCCCAGAUCAAACAAUUAAGAUGACAAAAAGGGGUGAUUGUCUCCAUUACCGAGCUGGCUGCGUUGGGAUUGCGUUGCAUUUCGUCGGGGAACAGAGAGUAGAGGAAGAAGAGAGGAAGGAGAAGCAGAGGAGAGCAGCUGAGCCGCCUCUGACGGGCAAGCUGUGGCUUCAGUGAUGGACUGAGCUGGAGUUGAAGGGAUCACUGUCACAGCAUCAGCAUCAUUUUUUUCCCCUCAGAAGCCUUCACUCUUAACAAAAACACCUAUGGACACUCUGCAGCACAGGUGAGGAUGAAGAGUUCCUGCCAGCAGUGAAAUCCGACCAAUUGGGCUAAUGAAUGAAAUACUUAAAGCUUUUAGAGAUUAUACCUGGAUCACCAUCUCUGUAAUGCCUUCACAAACGGAUUUCUUCCGUGCACUGAGAAGGAAUUAAGCCUCACAACCCUCCUCUUACCCUAAGUGCCCUGGAGACCCACCUGGAUCCAGUCUGCACCCACAGAUGUUCUGAUUUCUUCUCCAGAAAGUCCUGUAUUUUUGGACCAAUCCCGCAGGGCAAGUUUUGCCUCUGUAAGACAGUCGAGUAUGGAGACCCCUCCUAACACGACUCCUCAGCCCUUCAGGCAACCGAGUUUUCUCAAUCGAAGACUGAAGGGUUCCAUCAAGAGGGCAAAAAGUCAGCCCAAACUGGACCGGACAAGCAGUUUCAAACAGAUGAUUCUGCCCCGGUUUCGUAGCGCUGACCAAGAGAGGAAUCGCUUGAUGCAAAGCUUCAAAGAAUCCCACUCCCACGAAUCCCUGCUUUCCCCCAGCAGUGCUGCAGAGGCUCUAGACCUAGUUCUGGAUGAAGAUGCCAUUAUCAAGCCUGUCCACUCUAGCAUUUUAGGACAAGAGUACUGCUUUGAGGUAACCACCAAUUCAGGGACAAAAUGUUUUGCCUGCCGAUCAGCUUCAGAAAGAGACAAAUGGAUUGAAAAUCUGCAACGAGCUAUAAAACCUAACAAGCACUCUUUUCAGGACAACAGCAGGCGGGUGGAGAAUGUGCUCAAGUUGUGGAUAAUUGAGGCCCGAGAUCUUCCAGCUAAGAAACGCUACUAUUGCGAGCUGUGUCUGGAUGACAUGCUGUAUGCACGCACCACCAGCAAACCCCGCACCGAUACAGUCUUCUGGGGAGAACAUUUUGAAUUUAACAAUUUGCCAACCAUUCGUAGCCUUCGUUUGCACCUCUACAAAGAGACAGACAAAAAGAGACGCAAGGAGAAAAGCACAUACAUUGGCCUUGUCAGCAUCCCAAUAUCCAGCAUCACAGGCCGGCAGUUCGUGGAGCAGUGGUACCCGGUGAUACAGUCCAGUGUUUUAGCCAAAAGUGGUGGCGUUGGAGGUACCAAAGUGAUCAAUGCUUCACUGCGUCUCAAGUCUCGCUACCAGACGAUGAAUAUUCUCCCAAUGGAGCUAUAUAAGGAGUUCGCUGAGUACAUCACCAACAACUACCGAACACUGUGCGCAGUACUGGAGCCGCUGCUGAGCGUGAAGAGUAAAGAAGAGGUGGCAUUUGCUCUGGUCCACAUUCUUCAGAGCACAGGGAAAACAAAGGAGUUUCUGUCUGACAUGGCGAUGUGUGAGGUGGAUCGAUUUAUGGACCGGGAGCACUUGAUCUUCCGAGAGAACACACUCGCUACAAAGGCUGUGGAAGAGUACCUCAAACUAAUAGGUCACAGAUACCUCAAGGAAGCUAUCGGUGAUUUCAUUCGAGCCUUAUAUGAGUCUGAGGAGAACUGUGAGGUGGACCCAAUGCGUGUCCCGCCAUCAGUCCUUGCUGACCACCAAGCCAACCUCCGCAUGUGCUGCGAGCUUUUACUGUGCAAGAUCAUCAACUCCCUCUGCAUUUUUCCCCGGGAGCUGAAGGAAGUUUUCGCCUCAUGGAGAGCCAGAUGCGCCGAGCGAGGAAGAGAGGAUCUCGCCGACAGCCUCAUCAGCUCCUCCCUCUUCCUCCGCUUCAUGUGCCCAGCCAUCAUGUCGCCGUCACUGUUCAACCUGAUGCAGGAGUACCCGGCAGAGCGCACCUCCCGCACGUUCACUCUCAUCGCCAAGGUGAUGCAGAACCUGGCCAGCUUCACCAAAUUUGGACCCAAGGAGGAAUACAUGUAUUUCAUGAAUGAGUUCCUGGAGAUGGAGUGGGGCUCCAUGCAGCAGUUCCUCUAUGAGAUUUCCAAUAUGGACACCGGAGGAAACGCCGGAGGCUUUGAGGGCUACAUCGACCUUGGCAGGGAGCUGUCAAUGCUGCAUAGUUUGUUGUGGGAAGUCAUGGGACAGCUCAGUAAGGAUGCCAUCCUCAAACUUGGACCCCUGCCGCGACUGCUGAACGACAUCAGUGUUGCCCUGAGGAAUCCACAGCUCCACAUGCCCACAAACCACCAGCCGGAGAGACCGAAGGACAGACUCUUCUCCCGCCCAUCCUUCAAUCGCCUUAUGUCCUCCGAUUUCCAAAGCCUUAUGAUGCGUGAUUUAAACAGCUCUAUAGACAUCUCCCGCCUCCCUUCGCCCACAACCGGAGUCUCAGCUGUAGAAUCCCUCUCCUCCAAUCUAAAUAUGAGGCGUCAGGCCGAACGAGACCUCCGCUCUUCGUCUAGGGAAGUGUUUUACGUCACCCGCCCACCUCUGGCUCGUUCCAGCCCCGCAUACUGCACCAGCAGCUCGGACAUCACGGAACCCGAUCCAAAGGUCCACAGUGUGAACAAAAGUGUCUCCAUGAUGGACCUUCAGGACUCUCGAAUGAACAGCAUCUCCAACCUAAACUCUGUUGGAGACAUGCUAGCCUCCUCUCAGGCCUCCAUUGCUGGCCUCGGCCACAGCUUCGGGAACCUGGGCGCACCCCUGCGUAUGGGGGGCCACUUGCCCCCGGGUUCAUCCGGUUCUGGCCUCAGACUGAGCCAGAUGGGCCAUGUAGGGGCACCCACAGAAUCCAUUUCCCAGCAACAACAGCAGGCAGCCGCAGCGAUGCAUUUCCCCCUGUCUUUCCAGAAUCCGCUAUUCCAUCUGGCUGCCCAGAACUCCCCUGCUCAGUCCCAGGCUCCUCCUCCUGCUGCCGGUCCUCCUCCCCUGCUGCUCACCUCGGAGGCUGAGAACGGCCACCCCGACUACCCACCAGCCUUUGGCAACAGCGCUUUCUCCCGCAGCGAGGACCUUUCUGCCCUGCAGUCUCAGAGCAGCUUGGUGCAGCCCAGCAUCGUACACUCCCACAGCUACAGCGACGACUUCACCCGACAGAAUCACAACGACUACGCCUGGCACCAGCUGUCUCUUCAGGUGCAGGAGUCUCUUCAGCAGCAUCACCUGAUUGGAGUUACAUCUCAGACCGGCACUGGCACAGGGACUCCUGCUUCUCUGGCUACACCUCCAACAACAGUUCAUCCAUCCCGCCAGUCAUCCAUCGUGGCUCAGCACCUCAAGUCCCAGCGCUCAAUCAACACUCCAGCCACUGCCACACCUCCGAAGGUUCGCCCGCAGAGCAGGAACCUCCUCCUCAACUCCUCGGACGCGAGCUUCAGCGGCAGUCAGCCAAAAUCCCGCCCAACAAAGCAAACGACACAGCAGCAACAACAGCCGCAGCAGCCCCCGGUGCAGCAGGACGGGCAGCUGUCCGUCACAGACAGCCCAGCUCCAGGGCUUCCCUUCCAGACGAGUUCCGCUAAAGAAAACCAGGCUCCAGCAGCAGCUGCAGAGGAGUCCACAGACACGCCCACAAAAAGCACCAAGAAGCCUCAGCAGUCACAGCUGCAGCCGCCGCAGCAGCAUCUGCUGAAACCGGUUCCAAACAAACAGGGUAACAGCCAAGGAAUGAACGAGAGGACAGUCGCCUGGGUGUCCAACAUGCCACACCUCUCUGCCGACAUUGAAAGCCUGCGGCCGGACCGCGAGGGCCAGCUGAAAGAGUACUCUAAGAGUAUGGAUGAGUCACGACUCGAAAGGGUCAGGGAAUAUGAGGAGGAAAUUCACUCUCUGAAAGAGAGGCUGAAGAUGUCGCAUCGCAAACUGGAAGAGUAUGAGCAGAGACUCCAGAGCCAGGAGCAGCAGACCAGCAAGAUCCUGCAGCAGUACCAGUGCCGCCUAGACGACAGCGAGCGACGCCUGAAGCAGCAGCAGCUGGAGAAGGAUUCUCAAAUCAAAGGCAUCAUCAACAGACUCAUGGCUGUGGAAGAUGAGCUGAGAGGGGGUGCCAUUCCUGAUAUUAAGCCUCGAAUCCUCACAGACCAGUCUCUCAGCCAGGUCUAUGGGGGCUUCCCUGGAUCCUGACUGCCAUUUCCAAAGUGACCAGAAUUCAUGAUGGUCACUCGAGUGUAAGAAGGUGGAUUAAACGGGCUCCUACAGAAUGACUGUCAAGUGAAAGCUCUACAAAGGACUACCGAUGAUGUCAUCUCCCAACAUUAUCCAUUACAAAGUAUUUUGAAAAUUGUUGCACAUAUUAAAACUUAGCCUGUAACAGAACUUGACAAUCAACUCAACAAGAGGACCAACGUGUGCAGCAAAUCUUUUGCACAGUUUGGUUGAAAUAUAAGCCAGUGCCACAAUAACGGAAAUACUGUUACUAAAGAGUUUCUGUAACUGUGGUGGAAAAGGUUGGUGGAGUGGUGGAAAACAGUGGGAUGAAGAAGGGAUGACGAUGAAGAUUAUUUUCCCCCUACUACAAGACGUUUUUCACUCCAGUGGCUGAGGAUAAAAUCUAUAAAAGAAGCUUUUACCAAGCACAAUAAUUGUUCAUGACGCCUUCAACAAGCAACAAGCAUAUUGUUGAAUUAUUAAAUAUUUUCUACUUUAGGUUUGGUAAAAUUUAAUUUUUCUUUUAUUUUGCUUCUUUAUAUUACAGCCAUCGCAUUUGAACAAAGCCAGGCAAGUCCUACAAUCAGCUGAUUUGAGUACAAUCUGAAUCCUCUGAUUUUAUUUUUUAACUUUAGAAAAUAUUGCAAAUGCUUGAUUUUCAUUAUGUAAAAAACGUUAUUAGUAAAUCUCUUAAAUCUAUUUAAUAAAGGGGGUUCUUAAAUCAAUCUUGUUUUAUGUGUUAGAAAGUGUAAAUAAAGAGGGAUAUUAUGAUGAGAAAUGGUAAUUUUCAAAGCAGUGAUACAGAUUACUAUUUUCUUAUGGAAAAGGUCACCGAGCAGCUCCGAGUUCAUUAUCCAACAUGGCUGUAGUGCUCAUAAACCAUGUGAAAGUUGCAGUUGCAUAAACUAUUUAUUAGCAUUUCUGACAAAUUGUAUCUCAUCAAACCAGUAGCACACAUAGCAUUCACUGUACAAUAUCUUCUUUUUAACCUAUACAAAACGGUCAACUUGAGUGUGAUAUCAUUUUCCUGAACUGAGCUUCGACUUCCAAAAUGAAUAAAACAAAGCAUGAAAAGCCGUUAGCUUGACUCCCAGUAGCUGCUAGCUUGACUCAGCGUAGCUGCUAGUUUGACUGUGCUAGCUUAAUUUUGAAUGGUUGUUAGUUUGAUUCUAGCUUUUAGUUUGACUCACCUAUUAGAAUUUCUCCAUGGUUCUCAUUCCAUCACUGACUACUCAUAACUAGGUCAGACAAUCCCUCUUUAAAAACCCCAGAAAUAUAACUUUUAAUAAAAUCUUUAGUCUUAUCUUUUUAUGCCAGUUACUCUGUAAUACUGUUUUGAAAAUGUGCCAUAAGAAUGAAUGUUAAUAGUUUUGACAAUAAACUAGCUGGGUCCCUGCUAACAAUUAUCACAUUAACAAGCAUAGGAAUACUCAUAUUUUUUUGUUUGUUUUUUAAAUGUUUCUAAAGCAUACAUCUGCAACAGUUCUGCAUGUGCUUCUGGUGGCAAGAAUAAGUAAGUCUGUAAGUCUAUGAAUUUGCUACAAUUACCAUGCUUUGAGCCAGCUUUCUCAUGGUAAGGCAUAUGUUUUGAGCUAACCUGCCGGCUCCUCCGGUUUUUAUUCGGAAGAACGCGGUACUGAGCCUUUUGCAUUACACGACAUGAAUGGAGAGAAAUGGACUGAUUAAAACAUCAAAGGACUACGAAACAGGGAUAUGUAGUAUGUGUGCAUAGGAUUUGACUGCCUUACAGUCUGUAACACAGGGCCCAAAAAUAACAAUAACAAUACAAAGAAAAAAACUGUAAACUUUGUAUAUUAAAUGUACUUUUUGUAGUCAGGUGAUGAAUUAAUAAGCAGUGUGUUGGUUAACUCUAUUAGAAUCAUUUACAUUACAAAUUUCAUGGUUGAUAUAUUUUAUCUUAACCUCUUGCCUUUGAAAAUACAUUUUACUUCAAAAUAAAUUAUAAAAAGUUAAAUGUUUAUGUUAACAGAAAUGUAUAAAAUAGCUUAAUGUAUAUCUAUUCUUAUAUGUAAAAUGUAUUAAAAUCAAGGGUAGGCCCUCAGGCAUGUUAAAGUUGUGGCAAAAACUAAUUCUUAUAUUAUAUGAUGACUCUUAAUGCUGCAAUCCAGAAACAACAAUUGCCGGCGGAGUGUUUCUUUUAUCGGAUGAAUUGAUGAUCGACUAUUAUACUAGCUCGCCUGUGUUGUGUAACCAAAACAGUUGUGGUGCUUUCAACAAUGCUGGAUUGCAGUUUUAAGUUAUUUUUGAAAUAUGUAUCUAUUUAUUUACUUGGCCUGCAUUGCAAUACAGUAUUCUGAAAUGUUAUAUUUCACAUCUGUUUUUAUUUUUCUGGACACUGCAAUCCUUGGUCUGUGAGAAAUGUUUUCAAAGAAAGGAAAUAUAAACUAUUAAUAUAAACUAUUAUAUUAACCUAUAUAUUAUUGAAGGUUUAUCUGUGUUUACUGCAGUGGGCUACCUCUAAAAUGAUGCCCUCUCCAGUUGUCUGCUUUAUACAAUACAACCUAAACGAUACUUUAUCUGAUUUGAUUAGAAAAGCUUCUUUCUUGAAAUGACCCGACUACAAAUUAGGUUAAAAAUUGCAGUUAACGAAAUGGGAAGAUAAAUCAGGUUCAGAUCUUGAUUACCUGUUCAUUGCUAUUUCUGGAUGUUCUGCAUUUUCUGAGGUUUCUCAUAUUUAAGUGGUGUUACCAUCACAAUCAAACUAAUGUUAUUAUUUGCAUUCCAGAAAUACGUCAGACUCUCAGGUGUUAUGAGCACAGAGGAAACAAAAUAAAUGUUGCAUUUCUGUCUGAUGAACCAAGAGGGAUGCACUUAUUGCACAUUUAAGGGCCAGGAAAGAUUGACUUUUAGUCACUGAUCUGAAGCUCAAAGGUUUGAAUUUGUUGUUAAGUGGGUAACCUGGACUUGCAAAAGCAUGUCUGUAAGGUCAGAGGAGGCACCAGAACGAUAAGAGACACAGAUAAACUUUAUUUUCAGUCAAAAUGUCUGUUUUCAUGUGUGCUUAGUUAUGGCAGGUCAAAGCUUUUAAACACCGGAAAAGGUAAUCGGCCCAAAAAAACUGCAGUUGGUGUACCGCUACAGAAUGUUCAAAGAGAGAUUUUAGGCAGAUGAGCAUUUCAGUUAAUCCAGAUACCCAUGAAUAUGAAACCCUCCUUUUUUCCGUCGCUCUUGGUCUCUAUUAAUACUUCAGUCUGAUGGACCAGCAGUUGAAUUUAUCACUUUUACUAUUUGACACACAAGAGGAACAAUACCUGAAGAAAGGCCCACUGUAAUAACAUAUUAUAAGAACUCAUUUGAAGAAAUCUAUUGAUAAGUGUUUGUUUAUAAAAUUGUGACAUUUUAGAUAAUUUAUGAAACUUUGUUAAAUGAAAGGUAGGGGAGGGAGACUGCCACAUUCCUGAAGGCAAAGCAGGACCUAACAGAGUAAGUUUAUCUUAUAUAUUUUAAGAAAUAAUAUACAACAUCACUCAACCUAUUUAUGUUUCUAAAAUGGAUGUAUAGCAUUAUGGAAUGGAAAAAAUAUAUUUUUUUCUUGGCAGCUAUUACUCUGCACAAUUGAUCUUCUGUGUCACAAAUAUAUUGUUGGAGGGAUUUCUGACUUGAAUUAGGCCUCCUGGAUGUAAUACCUUAAUUUACUUGAGGUUUCUUUUGAAAAAAGCCAUGCCCCAUUGAUAAGCCAUACCCUCCAGACCCCUGAUGUUGUGUGGUGGAUGUUUAACGUUGGUAGUUUUAUUUAUAAUGGUAGUUAUCGUAGGUAUGAUUGCACUUGUAAUUAUUAUUAGUGUAAGUAUACUUGAUUGAUAUGACUUGUUUUGAACAAAGGGAAUGUAUUCAUAUUUCAGGUGAUUUUUUUUCGAGUGAUUUAAAUAAAUUAUUAAAUCCCCAA